AUGGCGACUACUGACCCCAUUGUUAUUGUUAUUGAAGAAACUAAAGAACAUGCCAACUUGAGUGUUAGAAAAUUGAUGGGUUCUAUAAAACCAUUUGAGCAAAGGUUGAGUAGGCGCUCUGAAAAAUCAAUUGAAAGUGUCUUUCAAUCCAAGCUCAAUGUUAGUUCCAAAAAUCAAGAAAAAGACCCAUCAAGUUUUGAUCGAUCCAAAGAUGAAUCUUCUAGAGCUUCAAGACCCGAUAUUAUGUUUGCUACAAGCUUAUUAUCUCCGUUUAUGCACAAGCCAAGCCAAACACAUUUUGGGGCUGCCAAGAGGGUGUUGAGAUAUAUUCAAGAUACACUUGAUUUUGGCAACUUGUAUGAGAAAAAUGCUGAUGCAAAGUUUCUUGGAUUUUGUGACAGUGAUUGGACCGGAUGUGUUGAUGAUAUGAGAAGCACUUUUGGUUAUGCAUCCUCCCUUGGUUCGGGUGCAUUUUCAUGGUCAUCUAAGAAGCAACAAACAGUGACGCAAUCUUCUACCGAGGCAGAAUAUAUUUCAGCAUCCUUGGAAGCGUCACAAGCAUAUGGCUAA